AUGAGUGAGCAGCUGGAGAUCCCCGGGGAGUCGCGGAGGUGGGUGCUGCGGCGACACCGCAUCCUUGGCAAGGGGAGCUUUGGCUGCGCAACGCUCUACGAGGAGGUGGAUGCGCCGGGCAGCUUUGUCGUCGUGAAGGACAUAAACUUGCAGACAAUGAAGAAGGAGGACGAGAUGAAGGCGCUGGAGAUGGAGGUGGAAAUUCUCCGCCGCUCGCGUGGGCACCCAAACAUUGUCCACUUCCUCGACUACUACCACGACGGGGCGUUUAUGGUUUACAUUGUCAUGGAGUACUGCGCGGCGGGUGACCUGGCGCAGCUCGAGGAGCAAAUGCAGUACCGCAUGUCCCACCAACCCGAAAGCUUCGUCGCCUCCGUUCUCAUUCAGAUGCUCGCUGGUCUCUACUACCUGCACAUGGAUCAGCACACGCUGCACCGCGACAUCAAGCCGCACAAUGUGUUCCUCUGCAGCGACGGCGCCCUCCGCAUCGGCGACUUUGGUGUCUCGACUGUGCUUGACCAGUACGGCGCGCAGGCGAAGGCCGUCUGCGGCUCCCCGUUUUACAUGGCGCCGGAGCUCUGCGAGGAAAAGGCGUACGACAGCAAGGCAGACCUCUGGAGCCUUGGGGUGAUGAUGUAUGAGUUGAUGGUGCUGGAGCGGCCGUUCAACGCGGCGUCGGUCCCCGCCCUGAUGCGGCAAAUCACGCGCGGCGUCUUCAACCCAGUCCCGCGCGAGCUCCCCUACUCCGCCGCACUGGUGGAGCUGGUGGAGUCGUUUCUGCAAACCACCCCAACAGCCCGGCCUACGCUUCGACGCGCGCUACGGAGCCCCUACGUGCGGAGCCAUCUUGACUGCCUCCCGCGCAGCUGCCUCGCCUCGCCGCACUACGCGCGGCUCUUCGGGGAGGAGCUUCUGCAGGAACUUAUUCAGAGCCACGCGGCGACCGCCGACGCCACAGGCGGCGUGAGCGCGGCUAGCGGCUGCAGCGACGCCCACGCGGCCGGGCCCCGCGCAAGCGGGCAUACGAAUGAGUUAGAGCUCUGGCUGCAGACGAACGGGCGCGUCACCGACGCCCUCGCGGACGCAAAGCCGCCGCAACAGCACGCCGACGAACGGCAACCACAGAAUCCGUCGUCGCCCAGAGAAACUGCGAUGGAAGUGCGCCAUGGGGCCCCGGUCAGCGCGAAAUGCAACCCAGCCACGCGGCCUCAAGAGCAACCUGCGGAAGAUGAUGCGAGGGAGGACCUCUACGAAGACGACUUUGAGAGCGAGAGCGAUGAAUGA